AAACCUGUUCUCUGAAGAACAAGUUGUCCCCUAUAGGGAUCAAAAAACUUAAAGAACAAAGAUUUUGUUCUUCAGAAAACUGAAGAUUCUUGUUGUACAAAUCUUUGGAGAACACAUAUAUGAUCUCCAUAGGGGACAAAUGAAGAUCAUUUUUUUUGUUUUUUGAAGAACACAGAUUUUUAACAGUGUAUAUAUAUAUAUAUAUAUAUGCUUUAUUACUGUCCUUUGUGGGCAUAUUAAGACAAAAUACAAUAAGGUAUCAUGAAAAAUUUCUGUAAAUUAAUUAAUACAUUAUGAAAAUAGAAUACGCAAUAUGUAAUAAAAAAGGAACUUAUAGAACAGAAACACGCUACAUACAUCUGACAAUUGAACUAUAAAAAACAUUCAGAACAAAAUCAAGUAGUUGAAGAUUGAAUACCCGGUUGGUAUAUUGGAUGUUUUAUUGUUGAAUCAUUAUUACAAUCAACAUUAGAAUGUUUUCAUAAUAAAACAUGUUUUGAACAAAUACAAUAUUAUACGGAUUUAACUCAACCAGUAAAUAAUAUAACAAUACUUGAUUCAUCAUUACCAAGUCAAUAUCAGCCAACAACAAAAAUUGGUGAUAUUGUUAACCAUUUAAUGGUUGAAAAAUGGAAUCUGUCUAUAUUCUAUGAUAAAUAUUACGAACAGUGUCAACCAAAACAAUGUACAUAUAAAUAUGUUCAGCAAUCUAUUGUUUUAUAUAUAAUAACAACAAUAAUAGCUGCAAUCGGUGGUUUAACAACAAAAUAUUAA